AUGGCUCAUGGCUUCCUCCUCAUCUUCUUAUUCUCUUGCAUGAUAUCGAUAACAAAUAUUCAUGCAUGCAACCAAGCUGAACACAUCUCUCUCCUGCUCUUCGCCCGCACUCUAUCUUUUCCUCCUGUAAAUUGGAGUAGUCUAGUUGAUUGUUGUCAUUGGAACGGCAUCACUUGUAAUCAAGAGGGUUGGGUCAUACAUUUGCUCUUAUCCUUCAAAGGGCUCAAAGGAGGUAUGUUUCUCUCAUCACUUAGAAAUCUCACACAUCUCACCCACCUGAAUCUUUCCCACAAUUCACUUCAUGGUGCACUUGAAACUAAAUUCUUCUCGUCCUUGAAUCGCCUCAAAAUCCUUGACUUGAGCUAUAACUUUUUUCUGGAGAGAUACCGUUUUCUCUACCACCCAAAAAAUAUUCAAACAAUAGAUUUGUCAAGCAAUUACUUUCAUGGUGCAAUUCCAUCUUCUUUUUUCCAACAAGCUUGGAAUUUGACUAGUUUCAAUGUCAGCAACAACACCUUCUCUGGGCCUAUCCCAUCAUCUAUUUGUCUCCGAUCAUCCCCUUCCAUAAAAGUGUUGGAUUUUUCCUACAAUAAAUUUAGUGGAAACAUUUCUUGUGGGUUUGGUGGGUGUUCCAAACUGCAAAUUUUUCAUGUCGGUCAUAAUAAUUUGUCAGGAUCACUUCCAGAAGAUAUCUACAACGUUACCAAACUUGAGGAACUUGCAUUACCUCUUAAUUCACUAAAUGGAGUCAUUAGUGAAAGAAUUACCAACCUCACCCACCUUACAAUCCUUGACCUCUUCUAUAAUCAUUUGAGUGGUGUCAUCCCUCUCAAUUUUGGGAAGCUCUCCAAGUUGAAAUUCAUGAAUCUUGGUUUCAACAGCUUACAAGGUAAUGUGCCCCCAUCUUUGAUGAAUUGCACAAACCUUGUAGAACUACAUUUGGGAUUCAACUACUUGGAAGAUGAUCUCACCAAGCCUAAUUUCUCCAAACUCAGCCACCUUAGCAAACUUGACCUAGGUGGGAAUAACUUCACUGGUAUCUUGGCAAUAAGCCCUUACUCAUGUAGGUCCCUAAAGGCAAUUCGGUUGAGUGUAAAUCCUUAUCUAAAAGGACAAGUACAUCUUGAGAUUCUUUCAUUGAAAUCAUUGUCAUUCCUCUCUCUUGCUAGUGUACAAUUGACCAAUAUCACAGGGGCAAUAAAGAUAUUAAUGCGUUGCAAAAGUCUUCAUGCACUCUUCCUUGCCAGUUCGUUUAGCGGUGAGGCAAUGCCAACUGAUGAUGACAUGGUUGACUUUCAUGGAUUCCAAAAUCUUCAUCUCUUGAGUUUGGGCGGAUGUGGGCUCGCUGGUCAGAUACCUGGAUGGUUAUCAAACCUAAAGAAUCUAGAGAUGUUGUAUCUGGGUUUCAAUCAAAUCUUAGGGUCAAUUCCAAGUUGGUUAGGGACUCUUCCAAAACUCUUUUUUGUGAGUCUAUCAUCCAACCAAAUUUCAGGUGAAUUUCCAAAACAACUUUGUAGCUUACCAAUGUUAAUGAUGGAUGAAUCUCGACUAGACGAUUAUGAAUUUGAACUUCCUCUCAUCAGCCUCCCAAUUAAAAAUCCAUGUUUUUGGCCACGUAGGUUGUCUAACUUUCCCGGAACAAUAGACCUUGGGCUCAAUAAUAUUAGUGGUAGUAUACCUACUGAGAUUGGCCAAUUGCUAUUUCUUCGUGAGUUGUAUCUUAACAACAACAACAACAACUUCUUAGGAGACAUUCCCGACCAAAUAUCUGACCUAAAAUAUUUAGAGGUUUUGAACCUCACCACGAAUCAUUUGUCCGAAAAAAAUCCCUGGUCAAUGGCGAGCCUUAAUUUCUUGAGAGAAUUUAAUGUCUCGUACAAUAAUAUUGAAGGACAAAUACCAAAGGGCACACAACUCCAGAGCUUCAACACUUCUGCAUUUGAUGGGAACCCUAAACUUUGUGGUGCUCCACUUCCAAAUGAGUGCAAAGAAAUUGAUGCGGAUAAUAAGAAUGACAACCAAGAUGCGAACAAUGAAAGCGAUGAGCAUCCCUGGUUUUAUAUCUUAGCAGCCCUAGGUUUCAUUGUUGGAUUUUGGGGAGUUUGCGGUACUUUAGUUCUUAAGAAGACAUGA